AUGAAUCAACAAUUGAUAGACUCAACUGUCGAGGAACAAAGAUUACAUCAAAAUAAAAAUCAUGAAAAAUUUUGGUAUAGAUGGGGUCCUUAUUUAAGUGAAAGAAGUUGGGCUACAGUUCGUGAAGAUUAUUCUUUUAAUGGUGAUGCUUGGUCAAAUUUCCCAUUUGAACAUGCUAAUGCAAGAGUCUUUAGAUGGGGUGAAGAUGGUAUCUUUGGUGUUUCUGAUAAUAAACAAUUGGUUUGUAUGAAUGUUGCUUUAUGGAAUGGGAAAGAUGAAAGAUUGAAAGAAAGAAUGUUUGGUUUAACAGGUCCUCAAGGUAACCAUGGUGAAGAUGUUAAAGAAUUAUAUUAUUAUUUAGAUAAUUUACCAUCUCAUGCUUAUAUGAAAGCACUUUAUAAAUAUCCAUUUAUGAAACCCUUCCCAUAUAAAGAAUUAGUUGAAGAAAAUGGGAAACGUGGUUAUGAGGAUUUAGAAUAUGAAAUUUAUGAUAUUGAUGGAUUAUUCAAAGAUUCAAAGACAGGUGAUAGUCCUUAUUAUGACGUCUUUUUUGAAAUGGCAAAAGACGAUGAAAAUUCUGAUGAAUUAAAUUUUAGAAUUACUGUACAUAAUAGAAGUGAAAGAGAUUCUGGAGAAUUAUAUAUUAUGCCACAAAUUUUUUUCAGAAAUACUUGGGCCUUUGAAAGUACAAACAAAUGUAUAAAACCAAUUCUUGAAAAAGAUUCAAAAGAUUCAAAUUUAAUUCAUGUUAAACAUCCGAAAUUUGGUGAAACUCAAAUUGUAUUUCAACCAUCUCCAGGUGGAUUUGGUGAUGAUGAUGAAGCAAUUGAAGAAGCUGAAGAUAUUGAUCCCGAAUUACUGUUUACAGAAAAUGAAAGUAAUUUAAUUAAAUUAUUUAAAGAAAAAGAAAAUCCAUCAAAAUAUACUAAAGAUGCUUUUGAAGAAUAUUUAAUUAAUGGUGAUAAAACUGCAGUAAAUCCAGAAAAUGUAGGUACUAAAGCUGGUGCUUGUUAUCAUUUUAAGAAUGUUCCACCUGGUGAAUAUGUUACAGUAAGAUAUAAAUUUACAAAUGAUUUUAAAAAUAAAAUUUAUCAUGUCCCAGGUAUGGCAGUUGUUGAUGAAGAUGAAUUCGAUCAAACUUUCGAUAGACGUGAAGAAGAAGCUGAUAAUUUUUAUUGGAGAAUUAAUCCUUUACCAGUAAGUGAAGAAUUAAGAUUAAUUCAAAGACAAGCAAUGGCAGGGCUUUUAUGGACAAAACAAUUUUAUAAUUUUGUUUGGAGAGAAUGGUAUAAUGGUGAUAGAAAUGCAAAAGUUAAACCUCCUCCAAAUAGAGCUAAUGGGAGAAAUAAAAAAUGGCAACAUAUGUAUAUUGAAGAUAUUCUUUCUAUGCCUGAUAAAUGGGAAUAUCCAUUUUUUGCUUCUUGGGAUUCAGCAUUCCAUUGCAUUCCAUUAGCUAUGGUUGAUCCUGAAUUUGCUAAGAAACAAUUGGAUUUAUUAACAAGAGAAUGGUAUAUGCAUCCAAAUGGUCAAAUUCCAGCUUAUGAAUGGAAUUUUAAUGAUGUUAAUCCACCAGUUCAUGCUUGGGCAACUUAUCGUGUAUUUAAAAUCGAAAGAAAUUUAUAUGGUCGUGAAGAUCGUCCUUUCUUAGAAUCAGUUUUCCAAAAAUUACUUUUAAAUUUUACUUGGUGGGUUAAUCGUAAAGAUGGUAAUGAUAAUAAUGUCUUUGAAGGUGGGUUUUUAGGUUUGGAUAAUAUUGGGGUAUUUAAUAGAUCCGAACCUUUACCAACUGGUGGUACAUUAGAACAAGCCGAUUCUACCGGUUGGAUGGCUUUCUUUUCUUUACAAAUGUUAAAUAUGGCAUUAGAAUUAGCUAAGGAAAAUCCAGUUUAUGAAUCUAUCGCAUCUAAAUUCUUUGAACAUUUCAUUCUAAUUAGUGACUCAAUGUCAUUUGAAUACACCAUUGAAAAUGAUGAAAAGGGUUGUGUUGAUUUCAUUAAACAAAAUUUGUGGAAUGAAAAGGAUCAAUUCUAUUAUGAUGCUAUUUCAUGGGGUGAAGAUAACAAACAACAAUUACCAAUUAGAUCUUUAGUUGGAUUAAUCCCGUUAUAUGCAGCUAUGACUUUAGAACCAGGCAUUAUUAACCGUUUCCCAUCAUUUAAGAAAAGAGUUGAUUGGUUUGUUGAAAAUAGACCUGAAAUUUUUGGUAGAAACAUUGCAUCUAUGUCAAAGAGAGGUGUUGGUGAAAGAUUAUUGUUAUCUUUGGUAACAAAAGAAAGACUACAGGCUAUUUUAACAAGAAUGUUAGAUGAAAGUGAAUUCUUCUCCGAUUAUGGUAUACGUUCUCUAUCUAAAUAUCAUGAAAAACAUCCGUUCAAAAUGGAAGUUCAUAAUUCUGAAUACAGAGUUGGUUAUUUACCAGCUGAAUCAAAUUCGGGUAUGUUUGGUGGUAAUUCUAAUUGGAGAGGUCCAAUUUGGUUCCCAACAUCUUUCUUAAUUAUUGAAUCAUUACAGAGAUUUUAUCUUUACUACGGUUCUGACUUUAAAGUUGAAUGCCCUGUUGGUUCUGGUGAAUUUUUGAAUCUUGCCGAAGUCGCUGAAGAGAUCGCAUACCGUAUGAUUUCUAUGUUCAUUAAGGAUGAAAAUGGUGAACGUGCCAUUUACUUCGGUGAACAUUCUAAUUUACUAUCAAAUGAUGAAAAUUUCAAAGAUUACAUCUCUUUCUACGAAUAUUUCGAUGGUGAUACGGGUAGAGGAUUAGGUGCAUCACAUCAAUGUGGUUGGACUGCAGUCGUUGCUAAACUAAUUAAUGAUGUCGGUUUAUCAUGUGUUAGAUUACCACGUACUCCAAGAUCAUCUGUUUCAUUAUCGUCUGCUACUUCUCCAGCAUUGACUGAAUCCCCAAUUGUGGAUGGUAAUCAGUAUAGAAGAUGGGCAAGACGUAAGAGUGCUAAAUCAUUAGUUAAUUUCACAGCUAACAUUCUAGAAUUAUCAGAAGAAGAAAAGAGAACGCAUAGAAUCGGUGGUACCAAGACUGGUCUCACACCAAGAAAUAGUAUUUCUGGUGAUCUUGCUAAAGAAUUAAUAGACAGACAAAAUGAAGAAGAAAAAUUGCUAGACGUUCAUUCUCCCGAUGAAGACGAACAUUUGGAAAUUAAAUCGAAUUUAGUAAAAGAUUUAAAGAAAGAAAUGGGAGAUAUUUCAUUAGAAGACAGAGCUAUCUCUUAUGAAAAUAUCAAUGAUUCUGCUUACGAUAGUGAUGAGAAAGACCCAAUGACUAAGUAA